UUUGGCGCAGGUGUUGCAUCUUUAAAAUGUCUUCCUGUUUGUUUCAGUGUUAUCAGUGGGGUGGGGGAGCUGAACGUGGACCGGACCAAUCAGCGGACGGAGAGGGAGUGUGUGUUCAGCCCUGAUCUCACUGACAGGCCGUACCCAGACUGCCCCUACCUGCUGCUGGACGUCCGGGACCGGGACCACUUCGACUGCUGCCACAUCAUCAGCUCACACAGUUUCCCCAUCGCUCUGCUCUCACGAACCAUGAACCCCUACACCAAAGACGUGCUGGAAUACAAAAACGCAUCGGGGAAGAUCAUCAUCGUGUACGAUGAAGACGAGAGGAUAGCGACCCAGUCGGCCACCAUGAUGUGUGAGCGAGGAUUUGAGAAUGUUUACAUGUUGUCUGGAGGUAAGGUGUCGAGUCUGCUUCCCUUUGACAUUAAUGUUAUCCUUAAUAAAGAUAUCGUCUCAUGUCACAUAUAUAUCUCCACGUUAUGCUGGUGGCUGUGA